CUGAGUGAGGAUGACGGAGUCACUCAUUUCCAUCGUUCCUCUAAAGAAGAGAAUGCCUGGGACUAUAACUAAGAAGCCGUAAGAAAGAGGAGAUGAUAAGGAUUAAAAGUUGUUGUGAAACUAGAAACUCCCGCUAACGCUGUUAUGAAGCCUGGUCUAUAAACGAAGUACAGAAAGCCUUUAUGAAGGCUAGCAGUGGACGGUAACUUCCGUUGCCGUGAUGAAGUUGUGUAACCGGGGAGCGCUGAUGCUGGUGACCACGGCGUUGUCGUUCAUAGCGUUCAGCCUGAUGACCAUCGCAGUGGGAACGGACUACUGGCUGUACUCCCGGGGCGUCUGCCGGUCCAAGACGUCGCUCCAUGACAACGAGACCAUCCGCAAGAACGAGGUGGUAAUGACGCACUCCGGGCUCUGGCGCACCUGUUGUCUCGAAGGGACGUUCAGAGGGGUGUGUAAAGAAAUUGAUUAUUUCCUCGAGGAUGCAGACUAUGAGCAGGACGCUGCGGAAUACCUACUGAGAGCAGUGAGAGCCUCCAGUAUAUUCCCCAUAAUGAGCGUAGGUCUGUUGUUUCUGGGAGGAGUGUGUGUGGCAGGCAGCGAGUUCUACAAGACACAACACAACGUCAUGCUUAGUGCCGGGAUACUGUUCGUCUCCGCAGGCCUCAGUAACAUCAUCGGCAUCAUCGUCUACAUCUCGGCUAACUCUGGUGACCCGGGUCAGAGCGACAGUAAGAAGAGUUACUCGUACGGCUGGUCCUUCUAUUUCGGGGCGUUGUCCUUCAUCUUGGCUGAGAUGGUGGGCGUCCUGACAGUCCACGUCUUCAUAGAGCGCCACCGACAGCUCCGUACCCGCGGCCGCCGCUCCCUCACCAAACCCGCUCUGUUCCGCUCCGCGUCCUACUACAGCCGCUACAACCGCUACAGACGCCGCUCCAGUUACCGCGGCAACUCGAUAUCGUCGGCGGGGCAGCUGCGACCUCGUGACCCCUCGCCGUUGCCAGCGGCCCUGUCCGUGUCAAAGGUUGUCGCCGCGGGGCCAGUGGGGUCGGAGUUCACCCUGUUCACGUUGGCCCCACACAAACUAACCCCGCCCAACAACAAGAUGGCAGCCGCCGCAGGAGGGGUGGAUGUCGCGAAGAGCGUUUUCCUGUCACCACUGACAAGCAAGCCCAACAAGGACAUGUUGCCUAGCAAUGCUGCCAACAGGAGGACAACACCUGUCUGAGAGAGGGAGGGAGAGAAAUAGAGAGAGAGAGAGAGACAGGGGGGAAGGAUGAGCGAAUGGGAGUGAGGAAUAGAGGGAGGAGUGGAGGGAGGGAGGGUAAGGGAAGGAUGGAGAGAGAGAAAGGAGAAGGACAAAAGUUGUCAUGGAUUGUUGAGUCCUACUUUAUGACUGGAUGGAACACUACCUCUGUCUGAUGACCGACAGGAUGGAACACUACCUCUGUCUGGUGACCGACAGGAUGGAACACUACCUCUGUCUGGUGACCGACAGGAUGGAACACUACCUCUGUCUGAUGACCAUAGAACAGACGGGAUGGAACACUACCUCUGUCUGAUGACUAUAGAACAGACAGGAUGGAACAUUACCUCUGUCUGAUGACUGUAGAACAGACAGGAUGGAACACUACCUCUGUCUGAUGACCUAGGACAGACAGGAUGGAACACUACCUCUGUCUGAUGACCAUAGAACAGACAGGAUGGAACACUACCUCUGUCUGAUGACUAUAGAACAGACAGGAUGGAACACUACCUCUGUCUGAUGACUAUAGAACAGACAGGAUGGAACACUACCUCUGUCUGAUGACUAUAGAACAGACAGGAUGGAACACUACCUCUGUCUGAUGACCGACAGGAUGGAACACUACCUCUGUCUGAUGACCGACAGGAUGGAACACUACCUCUGUCUGAUGACCAUAGAACAGACGGGAUGGAACACUACCUCUGUCUGAUGACUAUAGAACAGACAGGAUGGAACAUUACCUCUGUCUGAUGACUGUAGAACAGACAGGAUGGAACACUACCUCUGUCUGAUGACCUAGGACAGACAGGAUGGAACACUACCUCUGUCUGAUGACCAUAGAACAGACAGGAUGGAACACUACCUCUGUCUGAUGACUAUAGAACAGACAGGAUGGAACACUACCUCUGUCUGAUGACUAUAGAACAGACAGGAUGGAACACUACCUCUGUCUGAUGACUAUAGAACAGACAGGAUGGAACACUACCUCUGUCUGAUGAAAAUAGAACAGACAGGAUGGAACAUUACCUCUGUCUGAUGACUAUAGAACAGACAGGAUGGAACACUACCUCUGUCUGAUGACUAUAGAAGAGACAGGAUGGAACACUACCUCUGUCUGAUGACUGUAGAACAGACAGGAUGGAACACUACCUCUGCCUGAACCGUAGAACAGACCGGAUGGAACGCUACCUCUGUCUGAUGACUAUAGAACAGACAGGAUGGAACACUACCUCUGUCUGAUGACUAUAGAACAGACAGGAUGGAACACUACCUCUGUCUGAUGACCGACAGGAUGGAACACUACCUCUGUCUGAUGACCAUAGAACAGACGGGAUGGAACACUACCUCUGUCUGAUGACUAUAGAACAGACAGGAUGGAACAUUACCUCUGUCUGAUGACUGUAGAACAGACAGGAUGGAACACUACCUCUGUCUGAUGACCUAGGACAGACAGGAUGGAACACUACCUCUGUCUGAUGACCAUAGAACAGACAGGAUGGAACACUACCUCUGUCUGAUGACUAUAGAACAGACAGGAUGGAACACUACCUCUGUCUGAUGACUAUAGAACAGACAGGAUGGAACACUACCUCUGUCUGAUGACUAUAGAACAGACAGGAUGGAACACUACCUCUGUCUGAUGACCGACAGGAUGGAACACUACCUCUGUCUGAUGACCGACAGGAUGGAACACUACCUCUGUCUGAUGACCGACAGGAUGGAACACUACCUCUGUCUGAUGACCAUAGAACAGACGGGAUGGAACACUACCUCUGUCUGAUGACUAUAGAACAGACAGGAUGGAACAUUACCUCUGUCUGAUGACUGUAGAACAGACAGGAUGGAACACUACCUCUGUCUGAUGACCUAGGACAGACAGGAUGGAACACUACCUCUGUCUGAUGACCAUAGAACAGACAGGAUGGAACACUACCUCUGUCUGAUGACUAUAGAACAGACAGGAUGGAACACUACCUCUGUCUGAUGACUAUAGAACAGACAGGAUGGAACACUACCUCUGUCUGAUGACUAUAGAACAGACAGGAUGGAACACUACCUCUGUCUGAUGACUAUAGAAGAGACAGGAUGGAACACUACCUCUGUCUGAUGACUGUAGAACAGACAGGAUGGAACACUACCUCUGCCUGAACCGUAGAACAGACAGGAUGGAACACUACCUCUGUCUGAUGACUAUAGAACAGACAGGAUGGAACACUACCUCUGUCUGAUGACCAUAGAACAGACAGGAUGGAACACUACCUCUGUCUGAUGACUAUAGAACAGACAGGAUGGAACACUACCUCUGUCUGAUGAAAAUAGAACAGACAGGAUGGAACAUUACCUCUGUCUGAUGACUAUAGAACAGACAGGAUGGAACACUACCUCUGUCUGAUGACUAUAGAACAGACAGGAUGGAACACUACCUCUGUCUGAUGACUAUAGAACAGACAGGAUGGAACACUACCUCUGUCUGAUGACCGUAGAACAGACAGGAUGGAACACUACCCUCUGUCUGUUGACUGUAGAACAGACAGGAUGGAACACUACCUCUGUCUGAUGACUAUAGAACAGACAGGAUGGAACACUACCUCUGUCUGAUGACUAUAGAACAGACAGGAUGGAACACUACCUCUGUCUGAUGACUAUAGAACAGACAGGAUGGAACACUACCUCUGUCUGAUGACCAUAGAACAGACGGGAUGGAACACUACCUCUGUCUGAUGACCAUAGAACAGACGGGAUGGAAACACUACCUCUGUCUGAUGACCGUAGAUCAGACGGGAUGGAACACUACCUCUGUCUGAUGACUAUAGAACAGACAGGAUGGAACACUACCUCUGUCUGAUGACCAUAGAACAGACAGGAUGGAACACUACCUCUGUCUGAUGACCAUAGAACAGACAGGAUGGAACACUACCUCUGUCUGAUGACUAUAGAACAGACAGGAUGGAACACUACCUCUGUCUGAUGACUAUAGAACAGACAGGAUGGAACACUACCUCUGUCUGAUGACCAUAGAACAGACAGGAUGGAACACUACCUCUGUCUGAUGACUAUAGAACAGACAGGAUGGAACACUACCUCUGUCUGAUGACUAUAGAACAGACAGGAUGGAACACUACCUCUGUCUGAUGACCAUAGAACAGACAGGAUGGAACACUACCUCUGUCUGAUGACUAUAGAACAGACAGGAUGGAACACUACCUCUGUCUGAUGACUAUAGAACAGACAGGAUGGAACACUACCUCUGUCUGAUGACCAUAGAACAGACAGGAUGCAACACUACCUCUGUCUGAUGACUGUAGAACAGACAGGAUGGAACACUACCUCUGUCUGAUGACUAUAGAACAGACAGGAUGGAACACUACCUCUGUCUGAUGACUAUAGAACAGACAGGAUGGAACACUACCUCUGUCUGAUGACUGUAGAACAGACAAGAUGGAACACUACCUCUGUCUGACUGCUAUAGAACAGACAGGAUGGAACACUACCUCUGUCUGAUGACCAUAGAACAGACAGGAUGGAACACUACCUCUGUCUGAUGACCAUAGAACAGACAGGAUGGAACACUACCUCUGUCUGAUGACUGUAGAACAGACAGGAUGGAACACUACCUCUGUCUGAUGACUAUAGAACAGACAGGAUGGAACACUACCUCUGUCUGAUGACUAUAGAACAGACAGGAUGGAACACUACCUCUGUCUGAUGACUAUAGAACAGACAGGAUGGAACACUACCUCUGUCUGACUAUAGAACAGACAGGAUGGAACACUACCUCUGUCUGACUGCUAUAGAACAGACAGGAUGGAACACUACCUCUGUCUGAUGACCAUAGAACAGACAGGAUGGAACACUACCUCUGUCUGAUGACUAUAGAACAGACAGGAUGGAACACUACCUCUGUCUGAUGAAAAUAGAACAGACAGGAUGGAACAUUACCUCUGUCUGAUGACUAUAGAACAGACAGGAUGGAACACUACCUCUGUCUGAUGACUAUAGAACAGACAGGAUGGAACACUACCUCUGUCUGAUGACUAUAGAACAGACAGGAUGGAACACUACCUCUGUCUGAUGACCGUAGAACAGACAGGAUGGAACACUACCCUCUGUCUGUUGACUGUAGAACAGACAGGAUGGAACACUACCUCUGUCUGAUGACUAUAGAACAGACAGGAUGGAACACUACCUCUGUCUGAUGACUAUAGAACAGACAGGAUGGAACACUACCUCUGUCUGAUGACUAUAGAACAGACAGGAUGGAACACUACCUCUGUCUGAUGACCAUAGAACAGACGGGAUGGAACACUACCUCUGUCUGAUGACCAUAGAACAGACGGGAUGGAAACACUACCUCUGUCUGAUGACCGUAGAUCAGACGGGAUGGAACACUACCUCUGUCUGAUGACUAUAGAACAGACAGGAUGGAACACUACCUCUGUCUGAUGACCAUAGAACAGACAGGAUGGAACACUACCUCUGUCUGAUGACCAUAGAACAGACAGGAUGGAACACUACCUCUGUCUGAUGACUAUAGAACAGACAGGAUGGAACACUACCUCUGUCUGAUGACUAUAGAACAGACAGGAUGGAACACUACCUCUGUCUGAUGACCAUAGAACAGACAGGAUGGAACACUACCUCUGUCUGAUGACUAUAGAACAGACAGGAUGGAACACUACCUCUGUCUGAUGACUAUAGAACAGACAGGAUGGAACACUACCUCUGUCUGAUGACCAUAGAACAGACAGGAUGGAACACUACCUCUGUCUGAUGACUAUAGAACAGACAGGAUGGAACACUACCUCUGUCUGAUGACUAUAGAACAGACAGGAUGGAACACUACCUCUGUCUGAUGACCAUAGAACAGACAGGAUGGAACACUACCUCUGUCUGAUGACUAUAGAACAGACAGGAUGGAACACUACCUCUGUCUGAUGACUAUAGAACAGACAGGAUGGAACACUACCUCUGUCUGAUGACCAUAGAACAGACAGGAUGCAACACUACCUCUGUCUGAUGACUGUAGAACAGACAGGAUGGAACACUACCUCUGUCUGAUGACUAUAGAACAGACAGGAUGGAACACUACCUCUGUCUGAUGACUAUAGAACAGACAGGAUGGAACACUACCUCUGUCUGAUGACUGUAGAACAGACAAGAUGGAACACUACCUCUGUCUGACUGCUAUAGAACAGACAGGAUGGAACACUACCUCUGUCUGAUGACCAUAGAACAGACAGGAUGGAACACUACCUCUGUCUGAUGACCAUAGAACAGACAGGAUGGAACACUACCUCUGUCUGAUGACUGUAGAACAGACAGGAUGGAACACUACCUCUGUCUGAUGACUAUAGAACAGACAGGAUGGAACACUACCUCUGUCUGAUGACUAUAGAACAGACAGGAUGGAACACUACCUCUGUCUGAUGACUAUAGAACAGACAGGAUGGAACACUACCUCUGUCUGACUAUAGAACAGACAGGAUGGAACACUACCUCUGUCUGACUGCUAUAGAACAGACAGGAUGGAACACUACCACUGUCUGAUGACCAUAGAACAGACAGGAUGGAACACUACCUCUGUCUGAUGACUAUAGAACAGACAGGAUGGAACACUACCUCUGUCUGAUGAAAAUAGAACAGACAGGAUGGAACAUUACCUCUGUCUGAUGACUAUAGAACAGACAGGAUGGAACACUACCUCUGUCUGAUGACUAUAGAACAGACAGGAUGGAACACUACCUCUGUCUGAUGACUAUAGAACAGACAGGAUGGAACACUACCUCUGUCUGAUGACCGUAGAACAGACAGGAUGGAACACUACCCUCUGUCUGUUGACUGUAGAACAGACAGGAUGGAACACUACCUCUGUCUGAUGACUAUAGAACAGACAGGAUGGAACACUACCUCUGUCUGAUGACUAUAGAACAGACAGGAUGGAACACUACCUCUGUCUGAUGACUAUAGAACAGACAGGAUGGAACACUACCUCUGUCUGAUGACCAUAGAACAGACGGGAUGGAACACUACCUCUGUCUGAUGACCAUAGAACAGACGGGAUGGAAACACUACCUCUGUCUGAUGACCGUAGAUCAGACGGGAUGGAACACUACCUCUGUCUGAUGACUAUAGAACAGACAGGAUGGAACACUACCUCUGUCUGAUGACCAUAGAACAGACAGGAUGGAACACUACCUCUGUCUGAUGACCAUAGAACAGACAGGAUGGAACACUACCUCUGUCUGAUGACUAUAGAACAGACAGGAUGGAACACUACCUCUGUCUGAUGACUAUAGAACAGACAGGAUGGAACACUACCUCUGUCUGAUGACCAUAGAACAGACAGGAUGGAACACUACCUCUGUCUGAUGACUAUAGAACAGACAGGAUGGAACACUACCUCUGUCUGAUGACUAUAGAACAGACAGGAUGGAACACUACCUCUGUCUGAUGACCAUAGAACAGACAGGAUGGAACACUACCUCUGUCUGAUGACUAUAGAACAGACAGGAUGGAACACUACCUCUGUCUGAUGACUAUAGAACAGACAGGAUGGAACACUACCUCUGUCUGAUGACCAUAGAACAGACAGGAUGCAACACUACCUCUGUCUGAUGACUGUAGAACAGACAGGAUGGAACACUACCUCUGUCUGAUGACUAUAGAACAGACAGGAUGGAACACUACCUCUGUCUGAUGACUAUAGAACAGACAGGAUGGAACACUACCUCUGUCUGAUGACUGUAGAACAGACAAGAUGGAACACUACCUCUGUCUGACUGCUAUAGAACAGACAGGAUGGAACACUACCUCUGUCUGAUGACCAUAGAACAGACAGGAUGGAACACUACCUCUGUCUGAUGACCAUAGAACAGACAGGAUGGAACACUACCUCUGUCUGAUGACUGUAGAACAGACAGGAUGGAACACUACCUCUGUCUGAUGACUAUAGAACAGACAGGAUGGAACACUACCUCUGUCUGAUGACUAUAGAACAGACAGGAUGGAACACUACCUCUGUCUGAUGACUAUAGAACAGACAGGAUGGAACACUACCUCUGUCUGACUAUAGAACAGACAGGAUGGAACACUACCUCUGUCUGACUGCUAUAGAACAGACAGGAUGGAACACUACCUCUGUCUGAUGACCAUAGAACAGACAGGAUGGAACACUACCUCUGUCUGAUGACUAUAGAACAGACAGGAUGGAACACUACCUCUGUCUGAUGACUAUAGAACAGACAGGAUGGAACACUACCUCUGUCUGAUGACUGUAGAACAGACAGGAUGGAACACUACCUCUGUCCGAUGACUAUAGAACAGACAGGAUGGAACACUACCUCUGUCUGAUGACUAUACAUUUACAUUUACAUUUAAGUCAUUUAGCAGACGCUCUUAUCCACUAUAGAACAAACAUGGAACAUUUACAAAACUCCUAUUACUGUGCAGAACAGUAUAGAAUUGAUCUGUCUGUCUGUUCAGUUUGUUUCCUGGAAGCUUAAAUGACCCCUGACCUCUGUCGAGAGCCAAUGACAGACCCAGAUCCAGUGUAGCUGUCCGACCUGACAUCCAAUGAGAAUGCUCCCUUUUUGUUUUCUAUUACCAGAGCCCUCUCUUUAAAGAUGUUGUGUAUUCUGCUGACUAACCUCUAGUAACUCUUAGUGGGCCCUCACACUGUUUAUAAUAAAUACACUGACUAACCUCUAGUAACUCUUAGUGGACCCUCACACUGUUUAUAAUAAAUACACUGACUAACCUCUAGUAACUCUUAGUGGACCCUCACACUGUUUAUAAUAAAUACACUGACUAACCUCUAGUAACUCUUAGUCUGCCCUCACACUGUUUAUAAUAAAUACACUGACUAACCUCUAGUAACUCUUAGUGGACCCUCACACUGUUUAUAAUAAAUACACUGACUAACCUCUAGUAACUCUUAGUGGACCCUCACACUGUGUAUAAUAAAUACAUUGACUAACCUCUAGUAACUCUUAGUCUGCCCUCACACUGUUUAUAAUAAAUACACUGACUAACCUCUAGUAACUCUUAGUCAGCCCUCACACUGUUUAUAAUAAAUACACUGACUAACCUCUAGUAACUCUUAGUCUGCCCUCACACUGUUUAUAAUAAAUACACUGACUAACCUCUAGUAACUCUUAGUCUGCCCUCACACUGUUUAUAAUAAAUACACUGACUAACCUCUAGUAACUCUUAGUGGACCCUCACACUGUUUAUAAUAAAUACACUGACUAACCUCUAGUAACUCUUAGUCUGCCCUCACACUGUUUAUAAUAAAUACACUGACUAACCUCUAGUAACUCUUAGUGGACCCUCACA